AUGGAGGCCUCAAUGUUCAAGACCCUCGUCGAGGUUGAAUCCCGCGACCUAGACGCCCACCCUCCCCUCCUCCCCGCCGCCCCCGCCAAGGCCGUCCCGCGAACCUACCCGGGCGCACCACACCACCGUGACGGGUCCUCCAUUGAGCUCGCCCGCAUCGACACCACCACAGCCAACUACAACAACAAGAGCAGGGCCGGGACACCGCGGGGCAGCGCCGGUCCUUCCCGGGCACAAUCGCCGUCCCGGACACCCGGCUCCGGAAGCGAUAUCGAGAUGAGCCGGCCCUCGACGCCGACGGCCUUUGACGUCCUGCAGAGCAUCACAGACCCGCACAUGAACCGUUACCGCAUGGCCGCGUCACACUACGACAUUGGCUACGCAAUCGUGUCCCUAAUCUUCAUAGGCAACGCCUUCGGCUUCAUCUUCGGCGCAGUCUUCCUCGAAUCCCUACGCCUCAAGCUCGGCCGCGCCCGCCUCCUCGCCCUCGCCCAAUCCAUCAUCACAAUCGCCUACGCGCCCAUCCUCGCCCAGGCCCCCUUCCCCGUCGUCGUCGUCUCCUUCUUCCUCAUCGGCUUCGGCAUGUCCAUCACCCUCGCCGUCAACAACGUCUUCUGCGGCUCCCUCCGCAACGCCACCACCGCCCUGGGUUUCAUGCACGGCGCCUACGGGGCCGGCGGCACCGUCGGACCUUUGAUUGCUACCGCGCUCGUCACGGCUGCGAAGGCGCGCUGGAGCACGUAUUACUUUAUCCCCCUCGGCCUCGCCAUCUUCAACGGCGUGUUCUCGACCUACACGUUCUGGCACUACGAGCGGGACCUCCCCGCCGGCGGCGCCCAACCUACGCCCGCCGCCGAGGCCGCAGCAGCAGCAGCGAACUCGUCCUCCUCACAGCUUCUCAGCAUGUUCACCGCCCUCAAAAUUCGCAUCGUCCUCCUGGGCGCCCUCUUCGUCUUCGCCUACCAGGGCGCCGAGGUCUCCAUCUCGGGCUGGGUCAUCUCCUUCCUCAUCGCGACGCGCAACGGCAACCCGGAGUCCGUGGGCUACGUCACGGCCGGCUUCUGGGCGGGCAUCACCAUCGGCCGGCUCUGCCUCUCGCACCCGGCCCACCGCGUCGGCGAGAAGCUGUUCGUGUUCCUCGCCACCGUCGGCGCGGCGGUCUUCCAGCUGCUCGUGUGGCUGGUGCCCAACGUCGUCGGCCCCGCCGUGUCGGUCGCGAUUGUCGGAUUGUUGCUGGGGCCGAUUUACCCGUGUGCAGCGGCCGUGUUUAUGAGAGGGAUGACGAGGACGGAGAGGGUGAAUGGGAUGGGGGUGAUUAGUGCGUUUGGAAGCUCCGGGGGUGCUGUGGCGCCGUUUACCACGGGUAUGGUUGCGCAGGCUGCUGGGCCUUGGGUGUUGCAUCCGAUUGCGAUUGGGUUGUUUGCUUUGAUGAUGGCUUCGUGGUAUGGUGUGCCGCAUGACAGGAAGAGGAGCGUAUGA